CAUUUGUAUAAAGAAAUGAUAGAUAGCGUCGCGAGAUACUCAUUUCGUUGCAGUAACUAGCGGAUUCCGUCCAAACAUCCAUCACUUGAAAGAUAUUCUACUACAAUGGAUUCCCCACGGAUACUCAAAACCCGCUCAAACAUCUACCAGAUUGCUAAGAAGAAUCAACAUUCAAGGCCAACGUCGACGUCGACUCGAUCAAACAAAGGCAACUCCAGGCCCAAACCUAUACCACUCGAGAAUUUCGAGGCAGUAAACAAAUUGCCUUGCGAUAGUGCCUUAUUCUCACCAGCUUCUUCAGUCGACAGCGUUUCAGCCAGUAAUUCGGAAUUCGAGGAUAGCGAGGAGGAAUUGGUUGAAGUUCCUUUCCAUGCCCAGUCGAAUACCAAAAGUCUCGACUUCUAUAAUAACAAAAUGAAGGACUUGGCUAAGACUCAUAAGGAGAUCAUUGAUCGAAGGUCUCCCAUGGCAGCAGAACAAACACUCCUCUGUCCCUCUCGACGCAAUCCAUCCCCAUCCUCAUCCUCAAUUCUUCCCUCCACGGAGAAGAGCAAUCGACGUUCUCGGGAAGAUAUCAACGAUGCAAAUCUCCUGCUUCUUCUUAUGGUUGAAUGACAAUAGUACUUAUUUGCGUGGAGAAAGGGUAUCACGGCUGUCACGGGGAUGAUGUGUGGAUUUGCUGCUCCAGCCACCUUGUUAAGCCUCACAUAAAAUCUGAUGGCGGGGCUUAAGACGCUAG